UAUCAGUUUAUUGCGCUUUUAACACGGGUUAAACAAAAUCAGCACACGUGGUUUAUUCUACAAAAAAAAAUAUCGUUUUAUAACAGAAAAAUACCAAUAUGUCAUUUCGUGGUCGCGGUGGUGGUGGAGGAUUUGGCAGAGGUGGUGGGGCAGGAUUUGGAAGAGGAGGUGGAGGAUUUCGUGGUGGUAGAGGCGGACGUGGAGGUGGUGGAGAUAGAGGUUCAAGAGGAUAUGAUCAAGGCCCUCCUGAAACAAUCUCUCCUCUAGGUUAUUUUACAUGGACCGCACAAGAUGAUCUUGUUGCUAAAGUAGAUAUUGAACAAGUUCCCUUUUUCAAUGCACCUAUCUAUACAGAAAAUAAACAACAAAUUGGAAAAAUAGAUGAAAUAUUUGGAAAUAUUAGAGAUUAUUAUGUAUCAAUAAGAUUAUCAGAAAACAUUAAAGCAUCUAGUUUUGACAAAAAUACUCAACUUUUUAUAGAUCCAGCAAAAUUGUUACCUUUGCAAAGAUUUUUACCAAAACCUCCAGGUGAAAAAAGGAGAGGUGCCAGUGGUGGACGUAUAAGUAAAGGAUCUCGUGGACGAGGUGGUAGAGGCGGUGGAGGAGGAAGGAGUUCGUUCGGUAGAGGUGGUGGUGGUGGUGGUGGUGGUGGUGGUAGUGGUGGUAGAGGAGGAUUUAGAGGUUCACGAGGUGGUGGAUUUGGACGUGAUUCUGGUAGAGGAGGACGUGGUAGAGGAAAAUGGUAAAUUGUAAGAUAUUUUAGAUAAAUAGAAUGACAUUAAUUUUUAUGUAUAAAAAUGUAUUUGAACUAAAACAAAUAUAAAGUAUUUUAAAGUUUUAA